UACGUCAACCAGCACGACGGCAACAACAAGCACCAGCAGUACCAGUACGUCAACUAGCACGACGGCAACCACAAGCACCACCACCACUAGUACGUCAACUAGUACCACAGCAACGACAAGCACAAGUAGUACCAGCACGUCAACUAGUACCACGGCAACCACAAGCACUAGCAGUACCAGUACGUCAACUAGCACGACGGCAACCACAAGCACUAGCAGUACCAGCACGUCAACUAGUACCACGGCAACCACAAGCACUAGCAGUACCAGUACGUCAACUAGCACGACGGCAACCACAAGCACUAGCAGUACCAGUACGUCGACGAGUACGACAGACACCACAAGCACUAGCAGUACCAGUACGUCAACUAGCACGACAGCAACCACAAGCACAUCCAGUAGCAGUACGUCAACCAGCACGACGGCAACCACAAGCACAUCCAGUACCAGUACGUCGACGAGCACGACGGCAACCACAAGCACAUCCAGUACCAGUACGUCAACUAGUACUACGGCAACAACAAGCACCAGCAGUACCAGUACGUCAACUAGCACGACAGCAACCACAAGCACCAGCAGUACCAGUACGUCGACGAGUACGACAGGCACCACCAGCACGAGCAGUACCAGUACGUCAACUAGUACCACAGCAACGACAAGUACAAGCAGUACCAGCACGUCAACUAGUACGACGGCAACGACAAGCACCAGCAGUACCAGUACAUCGACGAGUACGACAGACACCACUAGCACCAGUAGUACAACCAGUACCAGUUCCUCAACAUCGACGAGUGAUACGACGAGCACGUCUAGCAGCAGCACUUCAACGUCGACGACGGAAACCAGUACUACAUCCAGCACCAGCACAUCGACAUCCACUACAGGUACCACUAGUACAUCCAGUAGCACCACCGAUACCACGAGCACCUCUAGCAGUAGCAGUACGACCAGUACGACAGACACGACUAGUACAUCCAGUAGCAGCACUACGACUAGUACCACAGAUACUACAAGCACCUCUAGUACUACCACAUCAAGUACGAGUACCUCGACUAGCACCACUGACACCACUAGCACUUCGAGUACCAGUACCUCAACUAGUACUACAGACACCACUAGCACAUCAAGUACCAGUACCUCAACUAGUACUACAGACACCACUAGCACAUCAAGUACCAGUACAUCGACUAGCACCACUGACACAACCAGUACUUCGAGUACCAGUACCUCAACUAGUACUACAGACACCACUAGCACAUCAAGUACCAGUACCUCAACUAGUACUACAGACACAACCAGUACUUCGAGUACCAGUACAUCGACUAGCACCACUGACACAACCAGUACUUCGAGUACCAGUACCUCAACUAGUACUACAGACACCACCAGUACUUCGAGUACAAGUACAUCGACUAGCACUACCGAUACCACUAGCACAUCAAGUACGAGUACCUCAACUAGCACUACAGACACCACUAGCACAUCAAGUACCAGUACAUCGACUAGUACUACUGACACCACCAGUACUUCGAGUACCAGUACCUCAACUAGUACUACAGACACCACCAGUACUUCGAGUACGAGUACCUCAACUAGCACUACCGAUACCACCAGUACUUCAACUAGCACUACAGACACCACUAGUACAUCCAGUAGUAGCAGCUCCACCUCCACCACAGACACAACCAGUACUUCGAGUAGCACAUCGACAUCGUCUACAAGUAGUACCACUACUGGCUUUUGGAAGAGCGGGUGUGGAAGCCUGUUAUAAAUGGAAAAAGCUUGUAGAGAAUAUGACGUUACCAACGGAAUUGGAUGUUGUGGUGGAUACUGCAGAGCCUUUGUGGAAUACAUCUGUUAAUGGAAUUAGUACUGUGGCGGUGGCUGGCACUGUCGUCGGUACUUAUGUUAGUUCUGAGCCAGUUGCUAAGCUCUUCGACGAUAAUCUUGCAACUCGUUUCACCAGUCGUGUUAAUGCAACUAACGUUGGUUAUCUUGCUGGCCUCUAUACAGGAUUUCAUGCUACUGUUGCACAAUGUAAUGCUGUACUCAUCGGAUUUCAGAUUGGCUGUGCUAAUAACAGUAUAAAUCGUGAUCCGACUAGCAUCAGUAUUGAAGGAACUAAUUGUGAUGAUCUAUCAACGUGUACCAAUUGGACACAACUAUACAGUGGACCAUCGGGUCUCAGUUCGCGAACCGGAAGUCCAAUGUACGGUGAAUAUCAAGCCAUUUCCAAUAUGGCAACUUUUGAUAGUUAUCGCUUUUUGGUAACAAAUCAACGUGGCGCAAGCAGUCUUGUGAGUUACAGUGAAGUUCGACUGUUUGGAUACACGAAUUAUACAGGAAGUUCAUCGAGUGGAUCAGCAAGUUCGUCGGUAGCUCUAACAAUCAAGCCAGGAUCAAUAGAAGCUUUAUGGAAUUCGACACUGAACCAGCCAAGUUUACUGGCAACUCAAGCUUCAUCGGGUGUGGGAGUAUAUAGCAUUACUCAAGGGCCGGACAAAUUAUUUGACGGCGAUACUACCACGAGAUAUACAAGUCGUGGUUAUUCAAACACAUCGAGUAAGUAUGCUGGUCUGAACACGGGUUUCUUUUUCACCAUUGCACGUUGUCAAACAACACUGAGCAAAUUUCGAUUUGCUACGGGUAUAUCAGGUGCCGCUACCGAUCCAACUAACGUCACUAUAGAAGGAACGAAUUGUACUACUGCAUUGACCUGUACCGACUGGGCACUCAUAUAUGAUGGUCCGACUGGAUUAUUAUCUAUUGCCAAUCGUAGUACAUACGGUGAUUGGCAAAUUAUAUCUUCGCCCUAUGCGUACCCAAGUUAUCGUUUCACUAUUAUGGGUAAAAAGGGCACCAGUUCUUUUGUAUCAUAUAGUGAAGUUGAUCUUUACGGUUAUUAA